AAUCAAGCAGGAGAGACCAGCCUCCCCUGUUCCCAGCUGUGUGUCCAUGAAGAGUCACCAGUCUAUGAAUCCUCCUAUAGUGUUUAGAAAGGGAGACUUUUCUACUGAACAAAGAAACCAACAGGAGAGAUCAGAGUCAGAGAUUCUCAGUGGUCAGUCUUCCCAGAGUCAUCAAACAGACCUGGCCUCCAUAUUCAGUAUGCUUGAAGAGAAAAUUAUGACUUUUGUGAAGAACGAGCUGAAGAUGUUCAAGAGGAUUCUUAGUCCAGAACUCCCAGAAGGCUUUGAGAGUCAGAAGCAGGAUAAGGAAGUGGUGGAUGCUGAAGAUGAGCAGCAGGAGAGCAGUGCCAGAGAGGGGGCUCUGAAGAUCACACUGCACAUCCUGAGGAAAAUGAACCAGAAGGAGCUUGCUGACACACUGGAGAAAUAUUCAGAUGAUCCUGCUGUGAUUUGCCAACGUGAACUCAAAUCUAAUCUAAAGAAGAAGUUUCAAUGUGUAUUUGAGGGGAUCGCUAAACAAGGAAACCCAACACUUCUCAAUAAGAUCUACACAGAGCUCUACAUCACAGAGGGUGGAACAGGAGAGGUCAAUAAUGAACAUGAGCUGAGACAGAUUGAGACAACAACCAGGAAACAAGCAAGACCAGAGACUGCAAUCAAAUGUAACGACAUCUUCAAACCCUUAACUGGACAAGACAAACCUAUCAGAACUGUGCUGACAAAGGGAGUCGCUGGCAUUGGAAAAACAGUCUCUGUGCAGAAGUUCAUUCUGGAUUGGGCUGAAGGAAAAGCAAAUCAGGAUGUUCAAUUUGUAUUUUCAUUCCCUUUCCGGGAGCUGAAUUUGAUGAAAGGGGACAAACACACUUUCAUUAAACUUCUUAAUCACUUCUCAAUGGAAACCAAACAAUCAAGAAUCUCCAUCUACGACAAGUACAAAGUUCUUUUUAUCUUUGAUGGUCUGGAUGAGUGCCGACUGCCCCUAGACUUCCAGAAGAACAAGAUCUGUUGUGACGUCACAGAGUCAACCUCAGUGGAUGUUCUGCUGACAAAUCUCAUCAAGGGAAAUCUGCUCCCCUCUGCUCUCCUCUGGAUAACUACCCGACCUGCAGCAGCCAAUAAGAUCCCUUCAGGGUGUGUUGACCAGGUGACAGAGGUACGAGGGUUCAAUGACCCACAGAAGGAGGAGUACUUCAGGAAGAGAUUCAGUGAUGAAGAUCUGGCCAACAGAAUCAUCUCACACAUAAAGACAUCAAGGAGCCUCCACAUCAUGUGCCACAUUCCAGUCUUCUGUUGGAUUUCUGCAACAGUCCUUGAACACAUGCUGAAACAUAAGAGAGAAGAGAUGCCCAAGACUCUGACUGAGAUGUACACACACCUUGUGGUGUUUCAUACCAAACAGAAGAAUGAAAAGUAUCUUGGGAAAGAAGAGACAGGUCCACACUGGAAUAAAGAGAGCAUUCUGUCACUGGGAAAACUGGCUUUUCAACAGCUUGUGAAAGGCAAUCUGAUUUUCUAUGAGGAAGACCUGAAAGUGGCUGGCAUUGAUGUCAAUGAAGCCUCAGUGUACUCAGGAUUGUGCACACAGCUCUUUAAAGAGCAAUGUGGGCUGUACCAGGACACGGUGUACUGCUUCGUUCAUCUAAGCAUUCAGGAGUUUCUGGCUGCUGUAUAUGUGUUCCUCUCAUUCAUCAACAACAAUGAGAAUCUAAUUGACAAACUGCAAACAAACGACGAGCCUGAAGUUACUGUCUACAAGAGUGCUGUGGAUAAAGCCUUACAAAGUGAGACCGGAAACCUGGACCUUUUCCUCCGCUUCCUUCUGGGCCUCUCACUGGAGUCCAAUCAGAAGCACUUACGAGGUCUACUGACAAAGACAAGAAGCAGCUCACAGAGCCAUGAAGAAACAGUCAUGUACAUCAAGGAGAAGAUCAGGGAGAAUCUCUCUCCAGAGAGGAGCAUCAAUCUGUUCCACUGUCUGAAUGAACUGAAUGACCAUUCUCUACUGAAGGAGAUCCAAAGCUACCUGAGAUCAGGAAGUCUCUCAAAACCCAACCUGUCACCUGCACAGUGGUCAGCUCUGGUCUUUGUGUUGCUGACUUCAGAAAAGGAGCUGGAUGUGUUUGACCUGAAGAAAUACUCCAGAUCAGAGGAAGGUCUUCUGAGGCUGCUGCCAGUGGUCAAAGCCUCCAGAGCUGUUCUGCUGUCAGGAUGUGGAGUCACAGAGGAAGGCUGUGCUUCUCUGGUCUCAGCUCUGAGGUCAAACCCCUCACACCUGAGAGAGCUGGAUCUGAGUAACAAUGACCUGAAGGAUUCAGGAGUGAAGCUGCUCUCUGCUGGACUGGGGAAUCCCCACUGUAAACUGGAGACUCUGAGGCUGUCAGGCUGUCUAGUCACAGAGGAAGGCUGUGCUUCUCUGGUCUCAGCUCUGAGGUCAAACCCCUCACACCUGAGAGAGCUGGACCUGAGUAACAAUGACCUGAAGGAUUCAGGAGUGAAGCUGCUCUCUGAUGGACUGGGGAAUCCCCACUGUAAACUGGAGACUCUGAGGCUGUCAGGCUGUCUAGUCACAGAGGAAGGCUGUGCUUCUCUGGUCUCAGCUCUGAGGUCAAACCCCUCACACCUGAGAGUGCUGGAUCUGAGUAACAAUGACCUGAAGGAUUCAGGAGUGAAGCUGCUCUCUGCUGGACUGGGGAAUCCCCACUGUAAACUGGAGACUCUGAGGCUGUCACGCUGUCUAGUCACAGAGGAAGGCUGUGCUUCUCUGGUCUCAGCUCUGAGGUCAAACCCCUCACACCUGAGAGAGCUGGACCUGAGCUACAAUCACCCAGGAGACUCAGGAGUCAGACUGCUCUCUGCUGGACUGGAGGAUCCACACUGCAGACUGGAGAAACUCAAUGUGGAACAGGGUGGAGAGUACACAAUGAAACCUGGGCCUAGAAAAUAUGUCUGUGAUCUCACACUGGACCCAAACACAGCACACAGACUCCUCUCUCUGUCUGAGGAGAACAGAAAGGUGACAUGUAGGAGAGAGGAGCAGCCGUAUCCUGAUCACCCAGAUAGAUUUGUUGACUAUAGACAGGUGCUGUGUAGAGAGGGUCUGACUGGGUGCUGUUACUGGGAGGUAGAGUGGAGUGGGAUAAUGGGGGCUGAUAUAGCAGUGACAUAUAAAGGAAUCAACAGGAGAGGAAGGGGUGAUGACUGUGUGAUUGGAUUAAAUGACAAGUCCUGGAGUCUAUUCUGCUAUGACAACCGUUACUGUGCCUGGCACAAUAAUAAUCUCACUACCAUAGACGUCCCCUCCUCCAGCUCCCACAGAGUAGGAGUGUAUCUGGACUGGCCAGCCGGCACUCUGUCCUUCUAUAGAGCCUCCUCUGACACACUGACCCACCUGAUCACAUUCACCUCCACAUUCACUGAGCCCCUCUAUCCAGGGUUUGGGGUUUGGAAUGACUCCUCAGUGUCCCUGAAAUAAUAACCUGACACACACACCUGACCCUGUAAACAUCAACCACGGUAACUGACACACACACACACACACACACACACACACACACACACACACACACACACACACACACACACACACACACACACACACACACAC